CCUCCGUCAGGUCCUCCUCCAAAUGUAAAGAGAAGACUAAUAACGUCAAAUUCCAAACUAGACUCAUCAACGAGCUCAAAAGCACCGCGAGUGUUAGCCAAUGAUUCAAGUGCUAUCGACUCAUUCUUAUCCACUCCAAAGAAUCGUCCAAUCGCAAUACGAUAUAUUAGUAGCAGCAGUCGGGGAGGAUUCAGCGGAAAUCGGUCUGCAAGAUCCGCCAGUACAUCUAUGGUAGAAGCCAGUGUUAUACUAGCAAUAUCAGAAGGUCGUGGUAAGGCACGUGGUGAGAUAGGUAUGGCCGCGGUGGACCUACGACACCCACACUUAGUACUUUGCCAAUUUAGUGACACGUUAUUGUAUACACAUACAUUGACGAAGAUAAAUUACUUCAAUCCUGUUGAGAUUAUUGUACCGCAUACAUUUUGUGAAGGCGCCCAACCCAACCAGCUUUAUCAGCUUAUUAAAGACCAAUAUCCAUUGAUAACUGUCACGGCAGUGCAGAGAAGGUUCUAUGCGUUAACCGCAGCCGCAGCUGUACUUAAAUACGUAGAAUAUAUCCAAUGCAUAGUUUUUGCUAGGGAAUCAUUAAAAAUAACAUAUCAUUCAUCUGAGGAUACCAUGAUAAUCGAAAUAGCGGACAGAAUACGAAGCAUUCUGCUAGACGACGCACAUCUAGAAAAGGGUGCCAUGGGAAGUCUACAAAGAUGCUUCGCGAUAAAGCCAGAAAUAAAUGGACUUCUAGAUGUGGCAAGAAGAACGUAUUCCGAAUUAAUUGAUGACAUACAAAAAAUCGUUGAACAACUAAACUUAAGACCAUUCAUGGCUAGUCUGUACAAGCUUUGUGAAAACGUUGCCGAGUUGGAUAUCUUAAUAGCAUUGGCGCAGAUAAGUUCAGUAGGCUCAUACAUACGACCAGAAUUCAGUGAUUAUUUGGAUAUAAGGAAUAGUGUACACCCACUACUUGACUAUAAUAGCCAAGUGAUGCCUGUACCUAAUGAUGUUUUCGCAAGCCCCGAAUACAAUUUCACGAUCAUAACAGGACCUAACAUGGGUGGAAAAAGUAUUUAUAUCAAGCAGAUUGCGAUUAUGCAAGUCAUGUCACAAUUGGGUUGUUACAUACCAGCAACAAACGCAGUUUUGAGACUUUCUGAUCGUAUUUUCUCUAGGAUUGGAUUUAAUGAUAGUGUGGAGUUAAAUGCGUCUACAUAUGUUAUUGAAAUGAAAGAGAUUCAACACAUACUUAAAGGCAUUACGCGAUCGAGUCUAGUCAUCAUAGACGAAUUAUGCAGGGGGACAUGUAUAGAAGAAGGAGCUAGUAUAGCAUGGGCUAUUUGCGAAGAGCUUAUAUUAAGUGAUGCUUUUACAUUUUUUACUACACAUUUUCUGUACCUAACAAGACUUGAAGAUUUGUACUUUAAUGUAGUAAAUCGUCACACAGCAGUUGCAGAAGAGACUGUCGGCACGGAAAAUACUCAAAAAAGGCUUGUUUAUCAACACAAAAUAGAAGCUGGUAUCACUAAGAUAGACCAUUAUGGAUUAGCCUUAGCUGAGAAAACCAGUUUACCAGAACAAACUAUAGAUUUAGCUAAGGAAUUAACAGAAUUACUAGUCAGUCGGAGAAAGCCACAGCAACAUUCACUGCAUGCUAAGAGCGAUGAUCGCUGUCUGUAUCAAAUUAAUGUAAAGAUAGCACAGGAGUUAAGAAUAAACCAAAGUCCUGCUAAUAUUAAAAAUAUUCUAGAGAAAUUUAAAUCCGAUAACCCUGAUAUCAUAGAAAAUCUGCGCGAACAACAUAGUAAAAGUACGUCGUAUAGCAAGGGACAUACCACUACAAAUACCAAUAAUAUUUUUUCUGAAAGCAAUAUAUUCAACGAUACAACAACGCUGAAUGACUGUAAUGUGAUGAAAAAUCUUAGUACAGAAGAGAUAAAGACAAAUGAUGCAAAGGAACAUAUAAAUAAAUUUGGUAAUAGAUAUACUGCAGUAAAGUCAUCUACAGAAUUACUUAACCCUUUUUUUAAUGCGACAUCAAUGGAACAUAGCCAACAAACUCAACAUAAUAUACAAUUUAGUAAUGAAACGAGUAAUGCAAAAGAAAAUUUUGAUAAUAGCGAUCGAAAAACAAAUGAAAAGAGUUAUUCCGCUUCAGAUAAUACUAAUGCAAACAAUAGUUUGAAAACCACAGAUGAGCAUGGAAUUAGUAACGAUGACGAUAGCGAUUCGGAAAUUGCAAUAGCUUUAACUCAAGUCAUUCCGGAAAAUUCUGAUUCACAAAGUAGCGAUAUCUUGUCGUCCGAGGAAGAAUUAUUCCUGGAAACUGUAAAUGAAAUAAAAGAAUCUAUUAACGAUAUAAAUUUAGAAAGGUGUAUUCUAACACCGCCUGACGGUUUUCGAGAUGAGUAAAUGUUGUAAUAAUCGCUGCGUAAUAGUGAAAAAAAUACAUUUCUACAUAUCUUA